AUGGCUUCACGGCCUUUGCAUGUUGAAGAUCAGGAGCUUAAGCCUUUCCCUGCCCGAUCGAAGGAUGGAAUUCUCGAUCAUUUGCUCUCUUUCUACGUCUGCAUGCGCUAUGUGCCGGAUGAGGAGUUCGUGGAGCUCGCAAAGUAUGAGCUGGACAAGGUUGCUGUCGACCACGCAACGCCCGCUCUGGCUCGCAACGUGACUCGACAAGAGAUCUACGAGGAGUACAGGCAGGCCCACUUGUUUCCCCUUCGAUGCAGCAACUCCAUCUAUGUCCAAAAAUCAGAUGAGAUAGACAAGCUGACGCUUGCAUUGAACACCAGCACUUCCAAACUCAACGAAGCGUACCGCUUCACUGUGAAUGUGACCAAGAAGGCCAUGCGGUCCUUGCAGGAAAUGGACGAAGAGCUGCGUCUCAACCUGUCUGAUGCAGACAAGCAUGACUCGAUCUACAUGCAGGACAUGCACUGGGGCAUCAAGCACCAGAUGCCUUGGUCUACUUUCCUGCGACCCUCGAAGCAAUAUUCGCACCACGUCUCGAAGCCGAAGAAUCUGUUCAUGCUUUGUUUCGGGCCUAGGGUUGCCUCGUAUCCACACAAGCGCGAAGGAGGGCAACAUGUCCUCGCGGACAUGAACAUGGCAGGGUGCAACGGCUUCUGGGACCUCCAGGACAUCACGGAGCACAUGUCCCGAAUUCGGAAGCUUUUUGCGCCAGAGAUGUGUUUCGAGUACAAGCUGCGAAAGGACUUGAAGCUCAAGUUCAUGGAGACUUUCGUUUCUAUGAACCAGGAGUUUGAGCAGGCGAUGGCAGGCAAGUACACCCAGACGAUCGGGGAGCUGGAUCCCACCAGGUCGAAGCGGCUGGAGCACUUCUUCGAGCGCACUGCUGUCAACGACUACACAGAAGAGAUGAGCGAGAUGAAAGCUGCUGGAAAGUACGAGGACUUCGCAAAGCUGAUGGCGAAGGCUCACAGUAAAUGGGUGAUCUGUGGAGCCCAUGACAGCCUUAGCCAGGAUGCCUUCGGCGUGGAGGACAACUUCUUCAGGAAUCCGAAGUCCUACGAGAAAUGGAUCGGGACCAUGGCAGAGGAGAACGCGCCCGAAUGCAAGACCUUGGACAGUUCCAUUGGCUGCGUCAAAUGUGCCAUCGCCGUCAAAGACAAGCACAACUGCCCCAUUCGCCUGGAUGUGAAGCUGCAAGACAUCUACAGGGCUCUGAAGCGAAAUGCAUAUCCGUUCUUGGUGAGCGAGUAUGGAGUACGUGAGGAAGCAGAAACUGAAGAAGGCAUCCAAUUGGUUAAUGCCACAAAGCACGGCACGUGUCUUUUGCGGAAGAGUCCUCUGAACAUGCGGCGUGUGUUUGCUGAAGCAGGAAAAGAGAAGGCACGAGAGGAGUUCUUCAAGGCCACGAAGGACGACACAGUGGUCCUUCUGAAAGACAUCGAGCACCUCAACACCGAGCUCCAGGUGGACAAGAAAUCUGACAGGAUUCUUGAGACCACGGACCGCUAUCCAAUCAGGGAACGCUUGGAGGAGAAGGCUCGGCGAGAGAGCGGCAACUCGACACUACCAAGUGGUAUCGAUUACGAAGAUGUGAUGAGCGUCUUCAGCCAGACUUACAAGGACACGGUUGAGGAGUUCGCGCAGUGGUUUGUGUUCUCCGACAGGAUCAAAGAAGAUCAGAACCGGCCAGAACACAAGGUGGACUACAUCAUCAGCUGCCCUUGUUCCAAGAGUAGCUUCGAUGUUACCGAAUACUUCCAGGACAUUGGCAGUCAGGGCAUGUCUGAGUAUUACAAUCGAUGA